UAUAGUCUUAAGCCUAAGCACACGUACAAUAUAGAUGAGAAGGGCUUUGCUAUUAGAGUGCUGGGUAGAUCUAAACAGGUAUUCAGCAGGCCUACUAUCUGCGCUGAUAGUACUGCUCUUCCCCUAGGCAUCAUCUUUGCGUCAAAGAACUCUACUAUACAGAGUUGCUGGGUAGCGGAUAUCUACCCUGGAAAGCACUCAGCUCACGUUGCCUCUUCGCCCUCAGGAUGGACAAACAAUAAGAUAGGAUUAGCCUGGCUUGAGCAGGUGUUUGACCGCUACACCAAGCCAAAGGCGCGAUUAAAGUACCAGCUUUUAAUUGUGGAUGGCUAUGGGAGUCACCAAACGCAGAAAUUUAUUAAAUACUGUCACUAG